CGAACAGCGCUUCAAAUAAUGGCGGCUGUGGUAGCCCUUCUUCUCCAAGGCAAAGUGUUGCCAAAAGAUGUGAUCAUUUGGUUGAAAAAAGAGCAAAAGCAGGACUGUUCUACUGCAUUGCAACUUCUAAAUCAAACUAAUUUGAAGUCAGAAUUUGUUCCUUAUCUUUUGGACAAUUUGAGAGAACAAAGUUCACCUUUACUGGUAUCAAGCCAGUCAAAUGGUUGCUCACCAGUGAAGACACCUCGCUCACUUAGUAGAUCCGCCAGCUCUACCAGGACCAGCUCUAAUAGGGUACAAUUGUUUGUUAGUCCAAAUAAAAAUGCUAGUCCAAGACUUCAGCUGACAACUCCAAAAACUGACAGACAAUCAGUCACACCACGAUCAGCGAAAUCUGAAGAUAGUUUCUCACGAAAAGAAUUUGUGUAUUCACCAUACAGUCCUUACUUUGAGGAUAGUAAACACAGAGACUCACAUUACACACCUAGGCACAAAUCAUUAGCUCAAAGUAGGGAUCAUGCUACAAACCUAUCACCAGAGAUCUUGUUGCCAAGGGGAUACCGGAAGAAAACUGGGGAUGAUGACAGGUAUAAAGGUCAGUAUCAUCAGUCACCAGGAACAAAAAGAAAAUCUGGGAACAAGAGACGUAGCAAUGAACACAAACUGAAGUCUGUUAAUGAGAUACACCUUGACAGUUUAGAAGAUUUUCCUCCAAUAAGUAAACCUGUUGUCACCAGAAGAAUCAAACCAACUCCAGUCUCUGGAGAUCGAUUACAAAACAGAACACAGACAUUAUUUACAUCAUCGCCAUCACUACCCUCUGAACAAUCUGCAUUUACUGCCUCUGAAAUCAAUCAUAACCAAAUAGAAACGAAGACACUGUCAACACCAUGUAAAGCAUUGGAUGAAGAAAGAGAAUUGCUACGAAUUGAAAGACAGAAGCAGAAAGUGGAUGUAAUUGCAGCAAGCCCUCAUAAAAGUGAACUGCCAUUAACAGGUCCAAUAACUCCAACUAAAUCAUCUAUUAACACAAUGUGUAAGGUAGAAGUGAUACAACCGAGAAGAGAUAGAGUUACUUGUAUCAACCAAUUAAAUCUCUUAGCUGACAUCUAUAGUUGCUGUGUACAAGAAUUUCUGGUACCAAAUAUAACUGUAGAAUUGUAUUUUAUAAUACAAUUAUUAACGUCAAGAUGCAUCAGUGAAGAAACACUGUCUGAAGAUUUUAGCCAAGAUAGUGAAGAAAUAAAUUAUCUCAGAACUGCUCAUAACUGUGUUUUCUUUGCUGUUACUGUUUUGGCUAAACUACAUGUACAUAGUGCCUUGUAUAAAUCAAAGAUGAAAUUCUGUAUCAUAGUAUCCAUGGUAAUGUGCCUGACAACAGUGAUGAGAGUGGUUGCUGCUCAUUUAGACUUAGUGAAAGUGGUCCAUGCAGAGGGAGAAGGAUGCUUCAAGUCUUGGGAAAAGUUUUGGCUCCUCAGUCUGGUACCAUCAGUCUUGGGAAUCCUGUCUCUGCCGAAAAACAAAGUGACAUAUUUGAUGAUGUAUGCAAUUGGAACUAUGGUGUUUGGUGUUGGUGGCGCCUGUUGGGGAGCAUAUAAACUGUACCCAGAUGCAAUAAAAUACAUUCAUACAGGUGAAACUGCAGAGGUGAUAUUGGGUUUGCCAUCUGCUGGAAUCCGAUAUUUGAUACUUGGUAUUACGAUGAUGAUUUAUGCAUUUGGACUUUAUUUUGCAAAUAUGCUAUUGACAGCUUGGAAAACAAAAGGACUGAAGCGACAGUAA